AUGGCACCCUCGUCUCCUCGGCGUUCCUCCAGGGCACGAGGAAACACCAUAACCCAAUCUCAGCCUUCUUCCUCUUCUACCUCGAGCAUCUCAGGCCGAGCGGAUAGGAACACGAGGUCGGUGCACAAGAACACCUCAUCCAAGUCGACACCGACCGCUUCGCUUUCUUCCGAGCCUCUUGAAGAUCUUGAAGAGACUGUCCUCACCCGCCGCCGGACGCGAGGACAAGAAGAGAUGCGCGACAAAGUAAUAAGAGUCGACCCUUACGAAAUGACAAAUGACGGAGACGAGAUACAGGAGGACGAUGAGUCGGUCCGCUGCGUCUGCGGUUUCGACGAAUACCCCGGCCCCCCGCCAUUCGACGAGGAUACAACGCAUGGGAAGCACAACCCGGAGGCGGAUUUUUUUGCCAGCAUUGAGCUCUCAGACGAAGUGUCUGGGCUUUUUGUGCAAUGCGACAUUUGCAAAGUCUGGCAGCACGGCGCCUGCGUCGGCAUUUUCACCGAGGAGAGCUCGCCUGAUGAAUACUUUUGCGAGAAGUGUCGAAAGGACCUACACAAGAUCCACACUGCAAACAAUGGACAACGCUACUCCAAUUAUCUUCCCCUCGGCCGCCCAUCGCGUACGACUUCUCGAGCCACCUCCAAGGACAGUGUUCGGUCACCCAAAGAAGCGUCAACCAAGAGCGGGCGUGCCUCUUCCGCCACGCAAACCUCGAAACGGCGAUCGACAAUGAAUAGCCGGGACGCGGCAUACGAUGAAGACGACCAAUUGCGACGUGCAAUUGAAGCUAGCAAAGAGGAUGCCCCCCUCGAGCCGACAGACGCGGCUUCAAGGAGACCGAAGCGCGGCCGUAGCGAUAGUGAAGAAAAUCAAACAAACCUAAAACGACAACGGACGACCUCCUCGGCCUCACCUCCUCCGGAAAAGUCGGUGGCAGUUGAAGACGGGUCUGAGGAUGAAGAAGUCGACCGAAUCGGCACCGGAUCCAAGAAGUCACGCAACGGUCGUGAUCCGAAACAAAAGUCGGAACGCGAAGACCGAGAGCGACAGCGUACCGAGAGCACUACCAAGAAGAAAGGCCGGUCGGACCGGAGGCAAGCUGAGGGUGUGCCCGACAGCGUUCCUGUUAAGGACUCCAAGAAGACUCCUUCGGGCGCAGAUUCCGAGCCUUCUGAAGAAUUGUCUUUAGUUGCGCCUCGGCCAGCAGCGAAAGCGAGCACAGAUCCUCCGCAACCAAUUCCUACCUCUGCUCCCUCUACCACUGAAGACGAUCCUCCUACGACUGCGACUGCGACUGCGACUGCGACUGCGACUGCGACUACGACUGCGUCUGCCACUGCCACUGCCACUGCCACUGCCACCUCGCCACAACUACAACCACCACCUCCCCCUCCUCCUCCUCCUCCCCCCCCUGCCCCUUCUGCUUCUGCUCCUCCUGCUCCUCCCGCAGACCCCGUACCAUCCCCUGUGCCGACACCAGAACCAACUCCCACCAUUCCGCCCAGCACGGGAGGCACCCAUAAGAAGUCAAGCCGAAAUCUGAAGCGUGGCAAAGGCCGGAACCAAUACACUCGUGACCGCGAGGACAUGGAUCAUCCUCAAUCGCCUGCGAGGUCCAUGUCGAGGGAUACGACUCGGCCGGCCGAUGACCAUCAGCCCAGCGGACACUCCAAAACGUCGUCGGCGGCGGAGCACAGUAAGCACGGCGGGAAGGGCAAGGGAGGGGUACACGGCAAAAUGUCCAUGACCGACAUGAAGCGACGUGUGGCGGCUUUCCUCGACUUCAUCUCCAAGACGCAAAUUGAAAUGGCGGGCGAGUCGACGUCCGGGUCAAGAGGGACCCCGAACAGCUCGGAACAACCGAGCCCACGCGAUCCUGAACCGAGCGGGCCGAGUGUGGACACCGACGUCAACGGGAAGCCUGAAGAAGGGACCAAAGACGCGGUCAAGGGAGUGUCCACAGACGACGCAGCACCCCCCAAAUCGACAAAGUUCCAGGACCUUAGCUGUGUGGAGAUGAUGGAUGCCCUGACUCGGGAUUUGUUGAAAUGGCAGAAACAUUAUGCAAGCUAG